UGCAGCUUAACCAAAUAAACAACAAUUUCUGAGACCACUGCAACCGAAAGCUUAGCCAAAUCGAUAUAUAGAGGGUGUCUGUCAUCAACCGAUCCGGACAACCGAUCUUCUAGUAAUGCACUACACCAAGGCAUGGCUGAAAGACAGGACAAUGAGGUAGAGGAGGCAGACCAGGUUUUCCUGCUUAUGAAGGAGGAGUACCGCAUCUCUCGCAAUGUCCGUCUUGCCUGGUUCCUGAGCAAACUCAACCAGGUCAUUCAGCCCUCGCCUAAGGCUGAAUUGGACAAGUCGGAGAAUGAGCUAGACGUUCUGAGUAUCCUGCCCAAAGGAUGGCAGGCGGAUUUUUCUCCCUCUACCCUGCCCUACCAGCUGGUGCCGGCCUCGUGCGUCAACUUCCUGGCGCGCCGCUACCGCUUCAUCAUAGAGCUGGACCUCAGCCCCUCCACAGGGAUUGUGGAUGACUGCACAGGUGAGAUGAUUUUCGACGAAGUGUUCCAUGCUCUGUCCCGGUGUCUGGCCGGCUUGGCCCGACCCUUUAAAGUGCCUGGAACAGACCUGCUCUUUAAGCCCAUGGUGUUCAUCACCAUCCUGGCCUACUCCUCCAUCAUUGGACUCAACACUCACCAGGUGUUGGUGCAGGGCUGUCAGUUGGAUGGGACUGACCUGGAUAAGUUCCUGCAGCAGAUCUAUCAGCAGCUGCGAGCUGUGGAGAACAACAUCGCCGAGGUGCUUCAACAGCAGAACGACCAGGCCAGGGGACAGCAGUGUGAUGGAGGCUCCAUCUGCCAUGGGCUGCCCAGCGACGUCAUGGAAGAAGAGCCUCAGAGGAAGCUGGGAGUUUCCAUGGUGACGGCGGAUGUUGGACUAGUCAGUAUGGUACGGCAGGGUAUCCUCGCCCUCCAGCUCCUGCCCCCAAACUCCAGCGCAGGUAUAAUCAUCAUCACCGAUGGAGUCACCAGUGUGCCGGACGUGGCCGUGUGUGAAACCCUGCUGAACCAGCUGAGGAGUGCCACGAUUGCCUGCUCUUUUGUCCAGGUGGGUGGAGCAUACUCGUACGACUGCAGUUUUGGCUACAUCCCCAACGUGGAGCUGAUGAAGUUCAUCUCCCUGGCCACGUUCGGCUCGUACCUGUCCACCUGUCCCGAGCCGGACCCCAGCAGCCAGGAGAUGAACACCUACCACAAGGCUUUCCUCACCUACUCCUUCCUCAAGACCAGCGAGUCACUGAACCCGGAGUACUACUGCUUUGCUCAGCACAAGCUCUUUAAUGAACACCUGGUGUCGACCAGUGGGAAUCCCGCGCUCAUGAUGCGGCGGAAGAAACACACGGAGAAGGAAGUGCACGCGGACCUGGUCAGCGUGGUGUCCGUGCGACUCCGAGAGGGCUACACCAUACGCGAGAUCAGCCUCUGUAAAGGGGGCACCCAGCUGGAGGUGAAGCUGGUGCUGCUGUGGAAGCACAACAUGCGGAUCGAGUAUCUGGCAGUGGCCUCCUGGCCCCUGGAGCCGGCCAACCGCACCACCUGGGUGGAGGUGUCCAUGGAGGGCAGCUACGACAUUCUGCACGACAUCAGCUGCACCAUGAAGAAGCCCAUCACCAGCCCCUACCGCACCUCCGUCAUCCGCCGCUUCUGGAACACGCUACAGAGCAUAAACCAGACGGACCAGAUGCUGGUCCACUUGCAGUCCUUCAACUCAAUCCCUGAGCACUACACCAUUCCUGAGAGCACAAAGAACGGAGUACCACUCUUCUACAUCCCCCCUGGAUCCACCACCCCUGUUCUCUCCCUGCAGCAUAGUGGCUCCAAAGACUCCAGCCAGUCCCAGUUUGCCUCCUACUGGAAGCCCAUCCUCUCCAUGGACGCAAACUUCUGGCAGCGUUGGCUGCACAUGCACCGCAUCGCCAUUAUCCUGGAGCAUGACACGCCGGUACCUAAACAUGUGCACAACGCUGGCAGCAACGGGCGCUUCAGCACCAUCCAGUGCCGCAUCUCCCACUCAGCCCUCACCUCCCUGCUGCGGGACUGGAGCAGCUUUGUGCUGGUGGAGGGCUAUUCUUACGUCAAGCUCAUCUACAGUGCUUCAGACCAGCCACCCACUUCCUUCUACCUGGUGCGGCUGAUCUCCAAAGCCCCUUGCAUGGUGCUGCGACUGGGCUUCCCUAUUGGAACCCUGGCUCAUACCAGGAACAAGAUUGUGGACGAGCUGCGGGAGCAGAUCCUGAGGCUGCGCUUCCCCCACCGUGUCCAGAACAAGGAGGCCACGCCCAAGACCAAGAGGAAAGUGCUGGGCAACAACACCUCGCCCUCCAAAUCGCCGCCACUUCCGGCCCUUAAGCCCGCGCUGUCUGACCGGCCCUGUGUGGUGCUGCUCCACAAGCCCCUGGAGAAGAUGCUGAUCAGGUACGAGAAGCUCCCACUGGACUUUCGCACGCCCUUCAUCCUCAACAUGGAGCCGUUCGCCCAGCCACCCAACAUGGCCGUUCCGCUGAGUUCGGCGGCCGGCCGCACGGCCUCGUCCACGCUGGCCUCACUCUCGCGCUACUUCCUGCACCAGCGCUGGGUGUGGACUGUGCAGAGUGGCCUGGGCCCUGCCGUCUCCCUGCAGGCCGUGGCCCACAUCCUCUCCAUGUUGGCCGAGAUUCGCAUCUCCGAGGGCUUUCACUACGCUGCCAGCGGGGAGGGCAUUGUCAACAUGGUGACAGAACUUCCGAUGAAGGGCCAGCCUGUUGGCGUGCAGGAGGAGAGUCACACCUGCAUAGUGCAAUACAUCCUUUUCCCCCCACACUCUACCUCCACAAAGGACAGCUUUUCCACCGACGAUGACAAUGACACUGAGGUGGAGGCCAUCGACGUGGACACGGAGUUGAACCUGGUGACGGAGUGCUGGGUGGAGCCCCAGAGCGGGACUGUGUUGAGCACCCUGGAGCAACAGCGCCACCUACUGGGGCUCACCUACCAGGAGAUCCCGCAGGCAAUAUUCCCCCGAGACGUGGCGUGCAUGUCCACCAUGAUGACCUUCGAGUACCUGAGCCAGUUGUGCCAGAAUAAGGAGCAGGUGUACCCCUUCUGUUGCGCCAAGGACACUGCUGAGGGUGACGUUCCUGCCAGUACUGAGAGCAUCCAGACGGUGCCCUUCCAGUUCGACUUGAUGAAGCUUCUACCCAAGUGCCAACAGAUCGAGAUUUUUUUCCUCACCCUUAGCAGAGCGGAGAAUGAGGAGGUACUCCAGGGCGCCCCCUCUCUGCCCAACGAGCUCCUGCUCAGCCUCUUCCACAGCUCCCUGCAGCAUGACCUCAGCGACCGUGAGAUCCCGUUGGCCGACGUGGACCAUGUGACCUUUAUGCAUCACAUCCUGGGCAGGGAAAGGGAGGGUCAUGUAGCCCCUUUCUCCCUGCCUGUUAUCAAAGAGGAGUGUCUGAAGCCCCCAGAGAGGCAGGACACGGUCAUGUCCAUCCACACCAUCGGGAGCAGCAAAGAUGCCACUGGUUCCACCAGCACUCUGCAGAGUUUCAGCAAUGCGGAGCUGGUGGACGAGGAGCAGCCGCUGGAGGGCCGAGGGGGGAGCUCCAUACCCCAGUGGAAGUGCUAUGUCAAAUAUGUCAACUCCCAGCAAAUCUUUCUCACCUUUUUACCUGCCACCUUCACUGACGUGCAGAUCCUGAUGUCCUCAGGGCUGGAGACUGAGCUUACAGCCAACGGCAGUUUCCAGGACGACGAGCACACCCUUAACCAGUCCCAGACGGACUCCCACUCCCACUCCGGCUCCGUCAACGGGCUGGCGGACUCUGGGGGUACUCAGGAGCCCUUCUCCCCACUGCUGUCCCCCACCAGCCUGGCCACAGAGCAGGGGGCACUGGGCAGCCUGGGCAGCCUGGCCUCCCUGGCAUCAGAGCAGGGGGCACUGGGCAGCCUGGGCAGCCUGGCCUCCCUGGCCUCAGAGCAGACCAACGGGACCGCGGAGGAGCGAGAAGGCGUUCAGUUUGCUGAGCCGCAGCGGCGUGACCUCCACAUCACCUUCAGCCGCCAGGGGUCCCAGCAGAGCUCGGGCGACGCUGCUCGCCCCCGCUGUCCCGUCUACGUCUACAACUGCUCUCUGGACACCCUGAAGGAGCAGCUGGUCAACUCCAACGCUGGCCGCCAACCCCGGGACGUCUUCCUCAGGUCUCACUCCCAGGAACGCUGCAGCGCCCCCUCCUGGACAGAGCUGAUGCACCCCCACAAGCACAAAGAGCUGGCCAACUACUGCAGCCUCUUACAGGAGCAUUACCACCAGAGCUAUGUCAAAGGUGUGUACCGCAGCCUGCAGCAGUCGUACGGUAUCAGCUCCCAGGACGUGCUGACGACCAUGGACUACUGCGAGGAGUCGCUGCAAGAGAUCGACAUCACGGCCUUCCUGCAGACGCUCUGCGGCCAUGUGCGCGUCUUCAAGGAGCGCCACCGCGCCUUCGGGGGGCCAGGGGCCCCCGACCCCCCCAGUGCACCAGCCACCUUCAUCCUUGGGGAGGCAGAGGAGGAUGGCCCGAGGGAGAGGCCCGCCCUGGUCUCCUCCUUCAGCGUUGACCUGGAGGAUGGGAGCGAGGUCGAGAGUAGAGAUUGGUCAUCCGACCCCACCUCUCCACUCGCCGCAGACGAGCCCAAGUCCUCCAGAUUCCCAGAAUUCCCUCUGUCACUCCUCAGCUCCCAGCAGAAGUGUGAAGUGUAUCCAGAUCUCCACAAGAUUAUACAGGAUAAAUUCAUGGAGAUCGGUGCUCAAUACUUCAAGACGGUGCCUUCCAACCCACACUAUUUCUUCUACUGCCCGCCAUCGUCCAAGAAAGAGGAGGAUGUUGAGUGUGAGGAGGAGAGGAGGCCCAGUGAGGAGAUGGAGGUGUCCGAGGCAGAGCUGGCUACGGAGGACGAGACCAUGUCCGGCUGUCGCAUCGUGACGGAGAGCGACACGGAUCUGGAGGUGGAGUACCGGGAGCAGGCCGUGCGUCGGAUGGACGCCCUGGGCAGCAGUGGCGGCGAGGAGGAGGGUCCAGGCGGUGGUUAUGGCGCUGGGGGCAGAGGUGGAGGAGGCGAGGGCGAGGACGAGUCUCUGUCGGACUCGAACACCAUGAACCAGGACGAGGACUCCUUCAGCAUCCUGGACGGAGACUCGCUGCUGGAGGCCGAGGGGCCACAGCCCGAGAUGCCCCCGCUGUUCGUCCACCUCACCUGCUCCGUCAACAUCAAGAGCAGCCACGGCUCCAUGCCCAUCCAGACACUGCCCACCUGCCUGGGAGAGGUCAUUUCUUGCCUGGAGAACAAAGAGUCCCUUCAGUCAGUUGACCUGGGCGACCUUUCGGUUACACUGGACAUUUUUGUCCUGACGUUGCCCCUGGAGAUAGAGGUCAUCCCUUCAGACUUCCAUCAUAACAGGUACACGUCGGAGUCCAGCGUGUCUUUGAACCGCUCUCCUGGCCAACCGUCGUCCUACCGCUCCGACGAGGAGCUCAUGGGGGUGCUGGACCUGCGGGGCGUCGGCAUGGACGGGGUCUCGGGUGAUCCCCUGUCCAAACUGCCUGUUCCUCAUAAAAUGGCAGUGUUGGCCACCAUGGAUGAGAUCCGCUGGCUGCUGCAGGAUGAGAUCGUCUCAGCUCUACGGCACUCUCGCAUCAUCAACACGUCCACCCUGCAGAAGGUGGCCAAUCACGUGUGCCGCUCCUGCGGACGUCCACGAUGCCACUACGAGGUGGUGCCCCUGCAGUUUGUGUUUGGGCCCGAGCAGUCGCUGGAGAAGUUCAAAGAGGAGUUCAGGCGCCUGUCCUUCACUGGUUAUGUUCUGAACGGGGAGCAGGAGAACUUCCACUACAUGUCCCUGAGUCGGCUUCACCCUCAAAGGCUGCAAGCGGUCAAGCGCCUCUCAGAGAGCACCGCCUUCUCCAGGGAGCAGACCAAUCACUGCCCUGAACCAGAGGAACCUGCCAGCACCCAGGCCAGUAGCUACUCCCCACGCAAAGCUCCUGAGGUCAAAGCUGAAGCAGAAAGCAGGGAGGUGGAAGCUGAGCUCCUUCAGACGCACAGCGAGGAGAGGAAGGAGGAGGAGGACCGCCAAGCAGGAGCGGCAGGAGCAGCAGGAGGGGAGGCGGCAAGCGAGCCUCUCCCUGCGCCCGAGACGGCCAGCGAAGCGGGCCGGGCGAAGGCUCUGGGGCGUCCAGACUCUGAGGAGGUCCGCUCCCAGAGCUCGGCCACCAGCAGCACGGCGCAGCUCCAGGCCAGCAGCAGCACUGACCGCUCCUCGGAGCACACGUCGCCCCCCAAAACCCCCUCCGCCGUCAGCCUUGCGGAGUCUGUGCAGUCCACCACUCACAGCAGUGGGAAGCUUCGGCCCAGUCGCGUGCAGAGUGUGGUGUCCAGUCAAGGCAGCCUGGACUCAGACAUGUUGGGCUAUGACGGGGGGAGCAGCGACUCGGAGUGCGAGAGUCCCACCCUGGACGAGCAGGAGACCCAGAGUCCACUCAUGCCGGACUUCUGGCUCCUCCUCAAGAUCCACCAAGACCGGGUGGAAGUCUUCUCCCACUCAAGGAGUCUGAUCGGGGGGAAGGAGGGAGGAGGCUCGGGGGAGGAGGAAGAGGAGGAGAUCCCAGAGUACCUGAGGCUACAUCAGCUGCUCGUGAGAAAGAUCGGCGAGAUCUGCCGCAUCGUUAACCAGCGCCUCCUGCUGCAGGACCUUCACGACAGCCACGUGUGCAACUCCCUCCUGGUGGCCGAGAGUGAGGAGGAUAUCUGGAAGAACGAGUCCCUGUACAGACAGAGGGUGGCAAACUCCGAUGACUACAACGCAGAUGAGAGCUACCAGCCACGAGACUACCUAGCGGCCAACAUGCAGUUCAUUCCGGGCCACUUUGCCUGUGAUGUGGUGUGGAGCACGGUCAUUCACAUUCACCCCCGACUAAAGAUGGGGCCCAACAUGGGCGUGUCCCGAGCCAUCCAGGCCCUGCGGUCUGUGCUCAGUGCUUUCUGCGUGGUCAACAGGAAGAACAUGUUCGUCUACCAGGAGCGCACCACCAAAUCCGUCUUCUACCUCAGACUCUCUGAGACGUCCCAGACAGGGAAGUACUCCGACCUGGAUGGCAACCUGCACAUGGCACGCUCUAUGGGCUUGGCCCGCAGCCAGGAGCCCCUCUACUCCGAGGACCUCACGGGGUCCCGCUCCUCGCUUGAGGGCUCCAGACCGGUUGGACAAGUGGACAAACACAUCCUCCUGCUGGUGCAUGGUGUGGGCAGUGCAGGUCCUGAGAUCACAGACGAGCUAGUGAAGGUCCUGCGUAAGCGUCUGGAUGAGGCCACGCUGGACAUCAUCACGGUGAUGCUCGUCCGCAACUGCAAACUGACCCCGGCUGACGUGGAGUUCAUCCAGCCCCCUGGUUCCCCAGCCACGGAGGUGAUGGAGUUCUCCCUGCCCCAGUACUCGCUGUGCUGGUUGCCGGCUGUGGCCCACUACCUCAGGCAGAACCUGCUCAUCUUCUUGCACAUCCCCAAGUACACCGACAGCAACAUGGAGCACCACUUCAAGCACUACUUCCACUUGAGCAGUGAGCUGCCAGACUCCGACCUCUACCUCUACAACAAGCCUGGAGGCCAAGGGACCGGAGGAAAAGGUAUCGCCUGCAUUGCCCUGUCCUUCGUUGAUGCGGAUGGGCGCCCCCUACAGGUCCCCGCGCAGGAUGGCACGUCUCCCCUCAAAGGAGGAGACACCUCGACCAUCUCGCUCGAUCCUGACCAGUUUGACCUGCUGACCACUGUGGUCAAGGUGGAGCCCUCCCACAGCCAAGUCCCAGGUCCGUAUGUGCGCGUGCGGUUCGACGUGUGGGAGCAGGGGAACGUCAGCCCCCUCCAGCUGACGGACAAGCUGCGUGGUGCCCUGCGCCAUGCCCUCUGUGACGUGGUCAUGGAGCUGCGGGUGCUGCCCAACCCCCUGUGCCAGGAGACGUUCUGCCUGCCCACCGGCCCGCCCAGGGACGAGACCAAUGGUCUGCUCACUCUGCCCCAAGCGGCCGCUAAGGAGGUCAGGGAGGUGCGCGACAGCCCCCGGCGCCUCAGCGGGACUCAGAGCCUGCGGAGCAGCCCCUCGCCCCUCACCCUCAACCCCCUCGGCAACACCGCCACCCCCAGCACGGGCACCAGCACGCCCGAGUCUACCACCCCCACCGGGAAGACCACGCGACGCAGCUUCUGGGAAAUCCUGAGCAAGCCGGACUCGUCGGAGCUGAGCAGUCCAAAGACAACAGACGACAUCAUGCCGGAGCGGGGCGAGGACACUCGGGCCGGACGGCGCCGCCACAAGACCGAGAUGGUCAAGCAGCAGUGGAGCCAGGAGCGGAACGUGGCUGUAGAGUUGGAACAGGCCCAGAGGAGGCACGUGGUGCAGCUGGAGGAGGGGGAUGUUGGGACGCUCCACCCCACCUACCACCUUACCUAUCAGCCCUGGGUCGUGUUCAUGUCCAAGAUGGGCUGUCCGUCAAUACAGCAGUGCACGGCCGAGAUCACCUCUCACUUCCUCCUGCCCUCCAUCCUGGCCGAGAUCGCCGGCUUGGUCAGCUCUCUGGCCAGCGACACGGUCGUGAAGGUUUUUGAGAGAACAAGUUGUCCCCAGGGAGACAUCUUUGUUCCCUUGCCUCACAUCCAGCACACUAGCCAGGCACCUGCGUCUUCCAGGAGCUUCAUGCUCAUUGGACGGAAUUUCCACCAAUGGCAUUGUAGCACAGAGCUACAAGGCUCCUUCCAGGACGACAGUUCAGAUGAGGAAAGCCCUCCAGUGCUAAAUAGGUUCACACCUCAUAAGGGGCUACAGCGCUUCGAGGCACUGGAGCAGAGCGACUGGUACAGCCCGGGGCAGACUGCGAGGGGGGUGGCGCCGCGACAGAGGUUCCUCCACAUCCACGUCCUGGAGAAGAAGGUGACGCUGUAUGCGUAUAACUGGUCAGUGGAUCUGGGUGCGUCCCUGAACCGUGGCCUGGUCCGGCUGGUGCAGUGGCAGAAUGCGCGGGCUCACGUGAUCAACUGCCUGCUCAACCAGAAAAUGGGCCUCUUCCACCACUACUGCUUUGCAGACAUACCGGCCCACGAAGACCUCAAACAAGAGCCCAACUCGUUCCUGAACUCCACCAUGGAGGCGGAGGCGCUGCUGCGGAGCCCUGUGCCGCCGGUGCCCAGCAAGGAGCAGGGAGGUCGGCUGGGCAGCUCGUCGCGCGUGCUGGCCCCUCUGCACUUCCCCUCGGACCUGGUGCCCUUCGACGAGGCGCUGCGUGACGUGGGGGCCCUGCGGCCGCUGGCCAGCUCCCAGGACGGGGGGGCCGACGUCGUGGCCCGGCACGGGGCUCAGCUGCUCGACGUCAAGGCUGCGGAGCGCAGAGAGAUGGAGAAGCAGUGUAAGAUUGAGAACCUGUUUGUGACGUGGCAGCAGAGGUCAGCCCAGUCCAACAUGCCCAUAUCGGUGGCAGAUCUGGACACUCUGAAGCAGUCGUCUCGGCUGGUGCACUACUGUGCUACUCCGCUGCUCUUUGACCCCAUCUUCCGCAAACAGAUCCAUGAGGAGCAGACCGUCCAGCAGCCGCCUGUCAAGCGGCGGCACAGGUCCAGCGACUCGGCGGCGUCGGGCCGGGACCGCAGCUACAGCACGGACUCGGCGGAGACGCUGCCCAGCCGCCUGCGGGAGGAACCCUGGCUGCAGGACAUCUCCAACACCUUCCUGCAGCAGUACGUCCAGUACCUGCAGAGCAUGGGCUUCAUCCUGGUGCAGGUGCGGCCGCAGUCCCCCGCACGCAGUAUUGCGCGAGCUCGAGCAGCCAUGCUUAGCUCUCUGUCCACGGAGGGCAGAGGCUCCUUCUCCUCCUUCUCCUAUAACAAGCAAAAGAGCAACGAAGACAGCCCCAAGCAGCAGAGCAGCGGAUCAGGAACUACCAUCUACCACCUCCAGAGGGCGCUGCCUGGAGGGAUUGUGCUGAUGGAGCUUGCCUUCCAGGGAUGUUACUUCUGUGUGAAGCAGUAUGCACUGGAGUGCUCACGCAUCCCAAUGGGACAAACGGUUAAUUCCCAGGGCUCCCUCCUCUCCAAAGUGCGUAGCCGGCCCUUCCCAGACUCCAGCUCUGGCUCAGACUCUGCGCUCUCCAUGCUCUUCACGGAGGAGUGUGAUAAGGUGCGGGACCUGAUGCACGUGCACUCCUUCAGCUACGACUUCCAUCUGCGUGUGGUGCACCAGUACCUGCUGGGCUCGCACAUGACCCUGCGCCAGGGCUACCAGCUCACCUGCUUCCUGGAGGACUUCAUCCGACACCACCCGGACAUCCCCAAGUUCGGACGCAACCACGUCUUCCAGGGGAGCUUCUCCAUCUCCACAGGGAUGACCACAGCUCACCAGCUGUAUAACUACAUCACGGACCACGCUGGCACCUACGGCAUGAAGCCCCUGCGCAUGUCCAAAGCCCCGCCCGCCCCCGAGAGCAAGAAGGGGGCACCCAGCGCUGACCUGCACGAGUACGCCCUGGUGGCCCUGUGGAACAGCUCAGGGACGUUUAAGGACCUUGACGGCCUGCGUCACCAUGACGACUUUGACGUGUCCCUGCUGGUGUGUCACAACGCGGCGCCGUUUGAGGAGCAGUCAGAGGGGGAGAGGCACCUGCUCAGGUUGCGCUACUAUGUGAUUAUGACAAGCCAGCGUGAGCUCUUCCCAAGGCUGACCGCCGACAUGCGGCGCUUCAAGAAGCUCACGCAGAUCCACCGCGACCCACCAGCCCCGACCCGCGCCUGCCCACCGACUGCCCCCAACCCGCUCGGGGUGCCCCGCGACUCCGAGUCUGACCUCUGGGACGACGCCUCCUCCACCAUCCCCCACCUCCCUCAGCACCCACCCCGACGCUCUCCUCGGCCGCCAGCCCCGGCGGCGACGGCUCCUUGGACCCCGGCGUCGCCGCGGCGACGGCCGCACCGGCCCAGGACGGAGGCCCCCGAGACGGGCCUGACGUACGUGUCGUCGUCGCCCCUGUUCCCCCUGCUGAGCUCGGAGGUGAGUGCGGCGCACCGCAAGAUCCAGAGCAGCGUGGAGCAAGCCAUGGGUCACUGCCGGAGGGACAACCUGUGGCGCCGGCUCUUCCACGGCGAGCACCUGGCCUCCGACAAGCUCAAGCUGAGCAAGCUGGCCUUCGCCGAGCUCGAGGAGCUGCUGCAGGCCGUGCAGAGCCAGUCUGUGGGAGAGGUGGACCCGCAGCUGGACUGCUUCCUGACCAUGAGCCCCAGCUGGUACCAAAGCCUCAUAAAGGUGCUCCUCACCCGCUUCCCCCAGAGCUGCAGGCACUUUGUGGACGACAGUGGCAUCCAAUACCUGGCUGUUCUGAAUCAGAAGUUCACCGACUGCUUUGUGCUGGUCUUUCUUGACGCCCAGGCGGGCAAAACGAGUCUGAAGGUGGUGUUCCGGGAACCCCUCCCCACCCAGCAGCCGCCCAGCACAAGUCCCCCGCCACAGCUGGUCUCCAUGUACCACCACCUGGAGUCAGUGGUCAAUACCGCCUGCUUCAACCUCUGGACCGGCCUCCUGUGAAGAGGCGGAGAGGGACAUGGAGAGGGAGGGAGGUGGAGGGGGGUAUGGGGUGUGGGGGAUGGAGAGCACUGGAGUGGGAAUUGUGGCUUGCCACUGUUGUCAGAUGUUAAACUGUGCCGCGGGUAUUAAGUGUGUGUGUGUGUGUGGUGAGUCGGGGGGGUGCUGCUGCUUCUGCUGCUGCCAUGUAGUGCCAAAUGUAGGACACAUCCUCCAUGGGCCCCCGGUCAUUUACCCCCCCCCUCUCUCUGAGAUCCAUUGAUCUCAAUCACUCUCAACAACACUGGCCAGAGAAGCUGAGCUGCGUAGCGUAGCGCUGCACUACGCUAACACUGACAGUCCAUUUCACCUGAAGGAGGCUUAUUCAGCGCCAGGCCACGCCGUGCCAUGCCGUGACUUCCUGGUCACUCGCCACUCAAGUGGGCAUUUGGCCCUUCUACUGGGCACUUUACUGGCACACAAUGAGGCGAGGGUUGAACACUACCUCAUCACGAAGGUCUCCCUUUUUUUUUUUUUUUUUCGACUGAAAAACUCUCAAAUCUGAAGUGCUUAUUGUACCGGGGCAGCGUACCAUGAGCUUCCCAUUUAUGCAAUUUUGUUGCCUUUACAAAAAAAACAAAAAACACUUGGCCAAUUGGCCACAGAAUGCAUGCCGUUCUCGACUGCAUCGACUGCAGAGAGAGAGGCCGAUUGUGCCACAUCGGCCUUAAGAGCAUUUCAGGACUGCACUUGUUUGCCGAAGCAAUUUUCAUCUCUCUCUCUCUCUCUGUUUCACGUAUUUCUCUUCACUGUGUCCUUUGGUAACUUGCCUAGCUACCCACAUCUUAUCUACUUGAGUGUGUUAGAAUGUGAAGCAGAACUGCAGCCUUGUUCUCAUCCUAAGCGUUUGGAGAGGCGGGUAUGAAUGUGUCAAAUAACUGUUAACAUUAUGUUUCCUCUCUCAACAUGGUGAAAGUUUUGUAGUGUAACAUUUGGUGUAACGUUUUAAUAAGUCCCCUCCACCCCACCCAACAUCCCACUUUAUCUUUCCUCAGACCCACAAAGUUCACUCACCUCGGGCUUAGUCUCUAUGGGGAGAGUCUUUAAUAAAAAAGUAUUGUGUAGCAGGAACAGACUCCAUCAUAGGACAGAACUUAAGCAGACCAGUUUACUGAUGAAUUGUUUUCCGUUAUUGUGGAGCUUGACAACAGAACUCAAACAGAACGUUGGAAAGUACCUGAAAUUCUCAGUUGUUGCCCAGCAUGUAUAAAUAUUCUAUACCUCGGUUUCCUGUAUACAUCUUGCGUGGUUGAGAAAGGAAGUCAGACAGACACGACCACCCGUUUGUGUGUGUAGUGCUUUAGUGUAGUGCUCUGAGCAGCAACCGUUGGUUCGGAUCCGGCCUAAAUGUGGUCCAGAUCUGGCCCGUUUACAGUCAGCUGCCAUGUCUGCCUACUCGCUCUUGACCAGGGUACAAUUCUCUGCAGAAUUCUUUUUAUUUCUUUAUCCUCCUCCACCGAGGCAAGUGAGAUCGCGGCCAUAACAGCUGUCAGUAGUGGGUAAUUGAUUUCCGCCCACCAUUUGUAUUUCUACAAUGUCAGACGUGCUCCCUAAUCCCCCCCCCCCCCCCCCGCUCACUGCCAUAUCUUCAUCCCCGAAGUGCCUUCCUUCUCUCUCUCUCCUCUCGCCCGCCAUUCCUUAACGAUGCAACGCAAGCAGUGAUAUUAUAUUAUUGUGUCGACCUUGCAAGGAGAAUCUCCAAAAAUCCAAUUAGGCUUCUGAUUAAUUCUGGCACAGUGGCGGGCCGACCCGAACCGAGAAGCCUACCAGACCCCAGUUUACAGAGAGGACAGGAGGGAUGAUGAAGGGGAAAAGAAAGAGGGGGAAAAAAGAAGGAUGGAAGGAAGGGAGGAAGGAAGGGGUCUGAUUUGUCAAGGCAUCCCAAUUUGGUGCGCUGACGCCACCCACACAAACAUCUUGGAGCUGUACUAUACAUUUAUUGCAAUACUGAGUCUACACGACCUUAAGUUCACUUGAAGGAAACCAAAAAUAAUUGUGUACGUUUUUUUUUUGUUUGUUUGUUUUUCUUUUGUAUGAGUUCCUCAUUUUAAGGGGGAUAAAACAAUUAAGUAUUGAUUGUGGGCUUUUAAGCAAGACGAUGUACAUUUUAAGAUCCACAAAGAUGAGACACUGGAUAUUUAAUGUAAUCUAAUACUUAUUACAAAAUGCUAAUGAUUGGCCGUUCAUACAGUAGUAUUUUGAGGCAGUGUUAGAAUCGAGGUGAACUGCUGUAAAUGAUGUACUUACAAAUGGAUUUGUAACUAUUCACUGCAAACAAAAAUAAAAACCAAAUGGUCAGUUUAUGACGAGGA